CCUGUUGUUCGGGCUCCGCGAGGACUGGGCAGAGGGGAGGGCUGGCGGGCGGGCAGCCGCCGACGGGGCGUGGGCGCGCGGGCACCGAGCGUCCCUCCUGUCUCUUGAGCCUGGAGCACUCUCGGCGGCCGCGCCUCCCGCGCUCGGUCCUUUCCUCCGACCCUCGGCCCGGCCUCGCGGCGCCAUGCCCGCCGUGGACAAGCUUCUGCUGGAGGAGGCGUUGCAGGAUAGCCCCCAGACUCGCUCUUUACUGAGCGUAUUUGAAGAAGAUGCUGGUACCCUCACGGAUUAUACCAACCAGCUGCUCCAGGCAAUGCAGCGUGUCUAUGGAGCCCAGAAUGAAAUGUGCCUGGCCACACAACAGCUUUCUAAGCAACUGCUGGCAUAUGAAAAACAGAAUUUUGCUCUUGGCAAAGGCGACGAGGAAGUAAUUUCUACACUCCACUAUUUUUCCAAAGUGGUGGAUGAGCUUAAUGUUCUCCAUACAGAACUGGCAAAACAGUUGGCAGACACAAUGGUUCUACCUAUUAUACAAUUCCGAGAAAAGGAUCUCACAGAAGUAAGCACGUUAAAGGAUCUUUUUGGACUCGCCAGCACUGAGCACGACCUCUCAAUGGCAAAAUAUAGCAGGCUUCCUAAAAAGAAGGAGAACGAAAAGGUGAAGACUGAAGUCGUAAAGGAGGUGGCAGCUGCCCGGCGGAAACAGCACCUCUCUUCCCUCCAGUACUACUGUGCCCUCAACGCGCUGCAGUACAGAAAGCGCGUGGCCAUGACGGAGCCCAUGAUAGGCUUUGCCCACGGACAGGCGUCUGCACAUGCAGCCCUUGACGACGGGCUCAUCAAAGCAUUUCUCCCAAACAUUCAGGUUGAACUGGAAGCCGAGGCCGAGCAGAUGCGGGUGUCGCAGCAAGAACUACUUUCUAUUGAUGAAUCCGUUUACACUCCAGACUUCGAUGUGGCUACACCACAGAUAAACAGGAACCUCAUCCAGAAGGCUGGUUACCUUAAUCUUAGAAAUAAAACAGGGCUGGUCACCACCACCUGGGAGAGACUUUACUUCUUCAUCCAAGGCGGGAAUCUCAUGUGUCAGCCCCGGGGAGCCGUGGCUGGAGGCUUGAUCCAGGACCUGGACAACUGCUCGGUGAUGGCAGUGGACUGUGAAGACCGACGCUACUGCUUCCAGAUCACCACUCCCAAUGGAAAAUCGGGAAUCAUCCUGCAGGCAGAAAGCCGAAAGGAAAAUGAAGAGUGGAUAUGCGCAAUAAACAACAUCUCCAGACAGAUCUACCUGACCGACGACCCAGAGGCUUUUGCCAUCAAGUUGAAUCAGAAGGCUCUCCAAGCUGUGACUCCCAUUACAAGUUUGGGAAAAAAGCAAGAAAGCCCAUGCCCCAGCGAGAUCCUGAAAAAUUCAGAGAUGGAAAAUGACAAGACUGUUCCCAAAGCAACCGUCAGUAUACCUGAAGCCGAACAGCUGAUCGCCCCUGGAACGCCUAUUCAAUUUGAUAUUGUCCUUCCUGCUACGGAGUUCCUUGAUCAGAAUAGAGGAAGCAGGCGGAUCAACCCUUUUGGUGAAACUGAGGAUGACACAUUUCCAGAAGCAGAAGAUUCCCUUUUACAACAGAUGUUUAUAGUUCGAUUUUUGGGAUCAAUGGCAGUCAAAACAGACAGUACUACUGAAGUGAUCUAUGAAGCGAUGAGACAAGUACUGGCUGCCCGGGCUAUUCACAACAUCUUCCGCAUGACAGAAACCCAUCUGAUGGUCACCAGCCAAACUCUGAGGUUGAUUGAUCCUCAGACUCAAGUGACAAGGGCCAAUUUUGAACUUGCCAGUGUCACCCAGUUCGCUGCUCAUCAAGAUAACAAGAGACUAGUUGGCUUUGUGGUCCGCAUGCCUGAGUCCGUAGGUGGAGAAUCUCUGAGCACAUACAUUUUUGAAAGCAACUCAGAAGGCGAAAAGAUAUGUUAUGCUAUUAAUUUGGGAAAAGAAAUCAUUGAGGUUCAGAAGGAUCCAGAAGCACUGGCUCAAUUAAUGCAGUCAAUACCACUAACCAAUGAUGGAAAAUAUAUACUACUAAACGAUCAACCAGAUGACAGUGAUGGAAGUCCAAGUGAAAACAGAAGCGCAGAAUCUGAAGCAUAACUGUUGGGCCUUUGGGGGAAGAGCACCCAGGAAGGAGAGCUAUCUUCUUAAGGGUUUUCAACUUCUCUGAUGUACAGACACACAGCCUGAGUUCAGAAUGCUGACAAUCGCUUGUGAAAUGUACUCUUGAUUCCUUGAUACUGAGACUUGGGAGGGAAACAGUAAGAAAUGGUUGACAACAUUCCUAUCCAUCUACAAAUGUUAUUUUAGGUGCUUUGUGAUAAGUCCUUUUUUUUAGAUUGCAAUGUUCAGUGCUCGGGAUGAAAGUAAAUGAAAAAAUGCAUUGUUCACUUUAUUUCAGUGUCAUCUCUUUUCAGUUUCCGGUAUACUUUUCUAAAAAUGGCAAACAAGCCUAGAUUUAACUUGAUAAACACGAAGUAUUUCCUAUUAAUAUAAUCUAUUUUUGUAUUUUACUUAAUAAGCUUUAAGUGCCUGUCAUUCUGAAAAUUGUGUAUUUAUAAUCAAGCUUGCCUCCUAAUUGGACCUAAUAAGCAUUAGUUUGUGCAUUCAGGUGAUGAGCCCUGCUUUGAGGCCCAAGCACUAGCAGAAAUGCAGGUCUAGUUUUGGUAACUGUCCGAGACAUCAUGCAGUAAAGACUAGUAGAUGAGCACCACAAAGGGUGUUUGAUUUUACACUGGCACCUUAGUGAGCCAGCAUUCAGAGGUGGAUGGUCCUUUAGACACUAGUGUUCUUAGGAGUGGAUCACUACGGACAGGGUGCAGUUCUACCAGUUCCUGUUUCUUCUGAGCCAGACCCUCCUCAAAGAAGGGAUCAGUUCAUUUUAAAACUCACUUGAAGCACAGCUGGUCAUGGGACUUGGUAUAAACUUCCAAAUUCCACCCUGACACAUCUGGUUCCUGGCAUCCCAGCCCACUCUGCCAUACCAUCAUGAAAUAAGUAUAAUCACCUUGAACUGGUAUAGUGUAUUUAAUUAUAACCAAGUUCAAUGGAAUAUCACUGUCUUUGUAAUAAAUUAACCUAGCAAUAAAUGCUAGCAUAUAAAAACUA